GGAAAUGAUUCAUUCAUGAACUGGAUCAGUUCAUGAAUGAAUCAUCUGAACUGCAGAAGAGAAUCAAAGCACUGAUCCGGUUCAUGACUCUGAGCAAACGGUUCUGGUGUCGGUUCUGUUAGUAACCGGCUUAGCAGAAUAAAGGUUUCCAUAGCAACGCAUCGUUAGGGAAGUGGCUCCACCCCUUCCUCAUUGGAAUGCCCAUAUAAGGUCGUUUCCUUCUCAGCCUCACCUGUUCAGGUAUGCUGGGUUCAGACUGACCCGCAGCUGAUGGACCCAAAAGGACCGGUUCUGGUUCCAUGAGCCCCGAUCCAUCAGAUCGCUGGGCUUCGUUCUGGUUCUGAUUAUAAAUCGCUGCCUGCUCUACUCGAGCCGCAACCCGAUUCUGAUGUGACCCGGUUGUUAAUGGAUCAAGCAGAACCAGCACCGUUCAGGUCCAGGCUCCUGGUUCUGGUGGUUCUGACUCAGGAAGUGAUUCUCCAUCCAGAGCCGAACUCUGACGGUUCUGGUUCCUGUUGCUGCUCUUCCGGUUUGGACCACCGGGUGGCAGCAGAGCGCCAAAACGCUGAGACUCAAUUACCCAGAGUUCCCCGGGGCUGGAAGGGGCGGAGCCUACCUGUCCACACCUGCAGAGAAUCUGAAGACUGAAGGAAGAAACUGCGGACCGCGGGAGGAGGCGGCAUGCUGAGAGGGAACUGAACCGAACCGAACCGAACCGGAGGGUUCCGACCCGCAGCGAGCCGGUCCAAGUCCUGCCUGGUUCCACCUGAAACCACCUGGACCCCCAAGGUCCAGCCGGAUCCCUCUGGACCCAGAUUUCUCAACUCUGAUCUGAAGCAGGAAGUGGAGAAGCAGAAACAUGGGCAGCAAGGAGCGGUACCACUGGCAGGCCCAGAACGUGAAGGUGAGCGGAGUGGACGACAUGGUUCUGCUGUCCAAGAUCAACGAGGACGCCAUCACCGACAACCUGAAGAAGAGAUACAUGGACGACUACAUCUUCGUAUCCUCCGUCCACACACACACACACACACACACACACACACACACACACACACACACACACACACACACACACAAGGUUCUGGCGCAGUACGAGAACCCGCCCCACAUCUACGCUCUGGCCGACUGCAUGUACCGGAACAUGAUGAUCGACAGCGAGAACCAGUGUGUCAUCAUCAGCGGCGAGAGCGGAGCUGGGAAAACCGUCGCUGCCAAGUACAUCAUGAGCUACGUCUCCAAAGUGUCCGGAGGAGGAGAGAAAGUCCAGCGGGUCAAAGACAUCAUCCUGCAGUCCAACCCCCUGCUGGAGGCUUUUGGUAACGCAAAGACGGUCCGCAACAACAACUCCAGCAGAUUUGGAAAGUACUUUGAGAUCCAGUUCAGCCGGGGCGGAGCUCCAGACGGAGGGAAAAUCUCCAACUUCCUGCUGGAGAAAAGCCGAGUCGUCUCCCAGAACCCCGGAGAGAGGAACUUCCACAUCUACUACCAGCUUCUGGGCGGAGCCAGCGGGGAGCAGAGGGAGAACCUGGGGGUCACGACCCCGGACUACUACUUAUACCUGAACCAGUCAGGAACGUACACGGUGGAGGACAUGGAUGACAGGAAGGACUUCUCAGAUACCAUGGCCGCCAUGUCCGUCGUGGGUCUGUCUCUGGACGAUCAGGACUCAGUUCUGCAGCUGGUCGCAGGAAUUCUGCACCUGGGGAACAUCGGCUUCCGGGAGGAGAAUAACUACGCCGUGGUGGAGAGCCAGGACUUCCUGGCGUUCCCGUCCUUCCUGCUGGGAAUCCCUCAGGACGGACUCUGCAACAAGCUCACCAGCCGGGUCAUGGACAGCAAGUGGGGCGGCAAGACCGAGUCCAUCUCCGUCACCCUGAACACGGAGCAGGCCUGCUUCUCCAGGGACGCCCUGUCCAAAGCGCUCUACACCCGCCUCUUUGACUACCUGGUGGACUGCGUGAACAAGGCCAUGCAGAAGGAGACGGAGGAGCUCAAUAUCGGAGUCCUGGACAUCUACGGCUUCGAGAUCUUCCAGAAAAACGGUUUUGAGCAAUUCUGCAUCAACUUUGUGAACGAGAAGCUGCAGCAGAUCUUCAUCGAGCUGACGCUGAAGGCCGAGCAGGAGGAGUACGUCCAGGAGGGCAUCCGUUGGACCCCCAUCGAGUAUUUCAACAACAAGGUGGUCUGUGACCUCAUCGAGUCCAAACUGAAUCCUCCUGGGGUGAUGAGCGUCCUGGACGAUGUCUGCGCCACGAUGCACGCCAAGGGAGAGGGGGCGGACCAGACGCUGCUGCAGAAGCUGCAGGGACAAAUCGGGACGCACGAGCAUUUCAGCAGCUGGAACCGCGGCUUCAUCAUCCACCACUACGCUGGCAAGGUGUCGUAUGACGUCGGCGGGUUCUGUGAGCGGAACCGGGACGUCCUCUUCAGUGACAUCAUCGAGUUGAUGCAGAGCAGCGAGUUUCCGUUCAUCAGAGCGCUGUUCCCGGAGAACCUGGAGGCGGAAAAACGAGGCCGGCCGACCACGGCCAGCAGCAAGAUCAAGAAACAGGCCAACAGUCUGGUCCAGACCCUGAUGAAGUGCACGCCCCAUUACAUCCGGUGCAUCAAACCCAAUGAGACCAAGCGGCCCAGAGACUGGGAGGAGACCCGGGUGCGGCACCAGGUGGAGUACCUGGGCCUGCGGGAGAACAUCCGGGUCCGCCGGGCCGGAUAUGCUUACCGCCGCGUCUUCAACAAGUUCCUGCACAGGUACGCCAUCCUGACCAGAGAGACCUGGCCCGAGUGGCGGGGCGAGCAGCGCCAGGGCGUCCUGCACCUGCUGCGCUCCGUCAACAUGGACCAGGACCAGUUCCAGCUGGGGACAGCCAAGGUCUUCAUCAAAGCUCCGGAGUCGCUCUUCCUGCUGGAGGAGAUGCGCGAGAGGAAAUUCAACGGCUAUGCCCGCGUCAUUCAGAAGGCCUGGCGCAAACACAUCGCCGUCCGCAAAUACGUCAGGAUGAGGGAGGAAGCCUCAGACAUUCUGCUGAACAAGAAGGAACGCCGCAAGAACAGCAUCAACAGGAACUUUGUGGGCGACUACAUCGGAACCGACAACCACCCUGAGAUCCGGCAGUUUGUGGGCCGCCGAGAGAGAAUCGACUUCGCUGACGUGGUCGUCAAGUUCGACCGACGGUUCAAGACGACGAAGCGUGACCUCAUCCUGACCCCAAAGUUCCUGUAUCUGGUUGGCCGAGAGAAAGUGAAGCAAGGUCCAGAUAAGGGUCAGAUCCAAGAGGUUCUGAAGAGGAAGAUCCAGCUCAACCGGAUCCAGUCAGUCUCUCUCAGCACUCUGCAGGACGACUUCUUCAUUGUCCAUGAAGACGAGUACGACAGCGUCCUGCAGAGCGUCUUCAAGACCGAGUUCCUCAGUCUGCUGGUGAAGCGGUACCAGGAGAACACGGAUCGCAAGCUGGCGCUGAAGUUCAACAACCUCCUGGAGUUCAAGGUGAAGAAGGGCCGCCAUCUGUUCAGCUCGUCCGGGUCCAGGCAGAUCCAGUUCCAGGCGGGCCAGGGAGAUGAGGUGGUUCUGAAGCCCAGUGGUAAGGUUCUGCACGUCUCCAUCGGGCCGGGCCUCCCAAAGAACUCCAGACCGACCCGGAAGGAUAACCGCAAGAGCCGCUACAUGGGCAGCCAGGCUCCGCCCACAUACCAGAACCACUCAGCGCCUCGCAGCAGAGGGGGCGGGGCUUCCAGAGGAGGCCCCGCCCCCUCCAGAGGGUCCACCCUAAGGCAGCAGUCCAGCAUGGAUCAACCCACCUUGCCCCGCCUCCAGAACCAGCGCCGGCCCAGCAACCAGCCGCCCCAGAACCAGGACAUGGGCUUCAUGAACGUCCCUGACCAGGGAGCGGCGGGGUUCCACAGGCGCCUCUCCAAGGAGGUGAAGCCGGCUCCGGGAGCGGGUCGGCCUAAACCCAAACCUCGGUCCCCCCAAUGCAAAGCUCUGUACGCCUACGACGCCCAGGACACCGACGAGCUGAGCUUCAACUCCGACGACGUCAUCGAGAUCCUCACUGAAGAUCCGUCGGGUUGGUGGUUCGGCCGGCUGCGGGGCAAAGAGGGGAUGUUCCCCGGAAACUAUGUGGAGAAGAUCUAGACCUGGGGCCGGGGUCAGAGGUCAGCCAUCAGGAGACACGUGGAGUCAAACACCCGAUGUUUUGGUCUGUUUCGUCGGUCUGGGUCGGUUCUGAAGGGCUSCUGGUCUUGAYGGAGCGGUUCUGUGAAGGAGUCGUUCCAUCAAUAUUGACAUCAGUAUUAGUAGCUAGCGCCUCCUUCAGGCCACAAAGGGUUUUAUCCUCAUCAGUUUUUCGGUCUGAUUAAAUCAUGAAUUUAACUGAACUAAGUUCUGGUUCCGGUCCGGCUGAUCCAGCAUCCAUUUAGAAACAUGUUUAACGAUCAGAUUUAUAGUCUCCUCUGUUUCAUCCUUCAGUUUCGGUCUGAUUUCAGCCAUUAAUGCGGGCGGAGUUGGCACUACAUUACCCAGAGUUCCUGCUGGAAAGAGCGCUGCCUUCACGUGCUGCUGGAAAAUAGACCUCUGAUCAGUCCGUGACUUUUAUACACUGUCUGAAUAUUUCAUAUUAGCUCAYAUGUUGUAAAUUAAUCCUUUGAAACUCAAACAGAUUUUAGAGUAGAGUGGGUUUUUCUGACCAACAAAUAAAAAGAAAUCUGAUAAAAUUCUA